AUGACUAUUAGUUUGGAUGCAAAAAAUAAUUUGUAUUUUGUUGAUGGAUCUUUGGAAAAGCCUAGUAUAAAUGACAAGGCUUGGAAUAGAUGCAAUAACAUGGUAAUUGGAUGGUUAAUUGCUUCUUUAGAAAGGUCUAUUGCAAAGAGUAUCAUGUAUUUCAAAACAGCAGUUGAGAUUUGGGCAGAUCUUAAGGAACGUUUUGGUAACCCAUCUUCUUCCCAACUCAAUAGGCUCCAUGAAAGAUUAUUCAAUACCAAUGAAGAACCGAGGAUGAGUAUAUCCGACUAUUUCACAAAGGUCAAAUCCCUUUGGGAUGAAAUGGACGAUCUACGGCCUGUACCAACAUGUAAUUGCCAUCCAGAUAUUAAUUUCAUAAAGAUUCAACAAGAUCUACGAAUCAUGACUUUUUUGAUGAAGAUUGAUUAUCAAUAUCACCAAGUUCGAUCUAAUCUUCUCAUGACUAAAGAGUUACAGAGGGUGUCAAAAGUUUAUAAGAUGCUUCUACAAGAAGAGAGCCAUAAGGAUUUAAGAAAAAGUAUCGUUCCUUUAGACACCAUGGCUUUCAAUGUUGAUAGAAGAAGGUCUUAUGGUAUAAAUUCUCACAAGAAUCAAGCAAGUGGAGGAAAUAAGAAAUCUAACUAUCAUUGUGAAAUUGUUUCUGAGUGGGCAGUGGCUACCGACGAACUCAAGCAAAUCGAAAACAAGCUCUACUUCAAUGGCGGUAACCCAGCACCAGCAGAGAUUUUGUAA